AUGGUCCCUGAAGAUGCACGCCCUGGUGCAAUGGACUCGACCCUGCAGGAGGACAAUGUCAUCCAGUCCUCCGUGCUCCAAAGCCGCACCAUCAAUGUCUGCAGGCCUGUGUCCAGGCCCAUGUACGCACUGUUGUGGUGCCUCGUGAUUGCCUGGGGCGUGCUCUCACUGCUCUCGGGCCUUUUUGUUGUGCCGAGUGCUGCGCUGGAUUUCGAUACACCCGGCUCCGUCCAGCUGGGCAAGGCAUCGGGAGAUCCCCUGCCGCAAGUUCAUGCCGCAAAGUGCUGGUCGGCUGCUUGCUGCUGGUGCCAUUGGUAA